AUGACCGUAGUCUCAGAUGAUCCCACUUGGUGGCCGGCCAUCAAUGCAUAUAGUUUGUGCAGCUAUCUUAUAGUCGCCGCCUUUGUUGCAGUCAUGUAUGAUUGGUCACUCACAUUUGGACAAGAGGUGGAACUGAUCUGGGGACAACGCUGGUCCGUAAUGACAGCUAUGUAUCUCGGUGCGCGCUACCUUGGAAUCUUAUUUUCUGUGCUGAACAUGCUGAUCGGUGUUCCGACCGUCUCAUUGACAGAUACGUGUGUGCUACCCGAAGCUGGUUGCUGGAUGGAUUUGUCAGGCUGGAUUAUCUACGUCGUAUGGGAUUGGACAGGUUUUGUGAUAGUUGCGAUGCUGUGGGUCAUCAUCAUUACUCGGUUGUAUGCCAUGUAUCAAGGAUCCAGAAAGAUCCUGAUAUUUCUCAUUGUCACAUUCCUGGCUAUCAAUAUUUUCAACGGAGUGGUCACCAUAAUGUCAACGAUGCAUGCUUCAGAGGAGGAACUCAUUCUCUCUGGCACUUAUCAGUGCCAGAUUAACUAUGCAGAACGCAUAAUAGCUCUACUUUCCAUCACUUGGAUACUCGGAACUGUGUGGGAGGUCCUCGCACUGUGUCUUGCAGUUUGGAUUGCGGUAAAACACUUCAGUGAACUGCGACAACAUUCGGCAGGAGGGAUUAUCCAGGACUGUUUCACGGUGUUGAUAAAAACUCACGUAGUUUACUUUGCGAGCUUUGUUACUGUUUCUUGCUUCCAUCUCGCGGUUGAUUUCUAUCCAACAGUCUUCGCGGGCGAUUCCCUGGAUGUUCAGAUUAUUUCUGGGUCUAUGCAGAUUGUCGCAGUCGUGCAGAUGUUUGUGCUGGGACCGCGCCUGAUCCUUGGCGUUCGAGAAUACCACGCUAAGCUUGUGACCGAUUCUGAUGUAGCAACUGGUAUGGCCUCAAUCGCUUUCCAGCAGCGUGUGCAUAUAUCGACCGGCGGUGGUGUGUGA